AUGAGAUGUCUUACUUGUAGACAACGGAAGAAAAAGUGUGACGAGUUGCUGUACCCUGUUUGUCAAAACUGCUUAGGGAAGAACUUAGAAUGUCGAUGGUCCCGUCAAAUACUUGAUUUGCAUAAUAAGUUGAAACAGGUUAAGUAUGUUGGUAAGAGUAAGAGUCCACUUCCAAUUGAACAUAUGACCAAAGAGAAACAAAAUAUAUCACCAAGUAUUUCCACCAAGACUGCUUCGGAAAUACUAAGUUAUACAACUACACCAUCUACUUCAUCUGUUCUGACGCCUAUUGUAGCUACUUUGGACGAAGAUCUAAUGCCAACCUAUUCCAAUAUUACCUACUCCAAUAUUUCCUCUGGGUAUCUCUGGGAUGACAUAGACAGUUCACAAGCGCUACUGGCACCAAGUUUAAUUGAAUAUUCCAAUUCACCUAUUGGUGAAAGUCUACGGCAAAGUUCGAUUCAAGUAGUCAAACCACAAUAUGAGUCAACAAAGAGGAAGAAGCCUUCAAGAAUAAUAGACAAGAUUGCAUAUCAGGAAGACGUGACGAAUGAAGGGAACGCACCUUUAGAAUAG